AGGGUGCCUUAAAACAUGCCCAGCGUAAAUGCAGUUUCAGUUAUGCUGUCCCUGAAAGAGAAGGACCGGCCCAUCGUCAGAAAGCUGUUGUGCGCCGGCUGCUGUGUGAGAUGUGUUCUGCGCUUCUGCUGUGUGGGAACCAGCUCCGCUUACAGACGAUCCUACCAGGACUUACACAAGGAGCUCCUGGCCUUCAUCAGUGAGGAAAACAGCCCUCAGUCCCAUGAUGCCUCAGGUGAGGAGAAAAGCAGCGACGCCCCGCCGAAUAAACGCAUGAGAAUAGAUGAGGAUUCUGUCACAGCAGCGCAGACGGACUCAGACAUUUGUCCCGUCUGCUUAGGAGUCCUGCAGGACUUCUGUGAUCCCGGCUUCGCCGAACAGGUGUCAGAUGCUGUGAAAAAACAACAGUACGAGUUUGACAGUCUGGUGCUGACCGUUUCUCUUCCCGCUCAGCUGUCCGUCAGAGAGCAUUCCUGCUGGUUGCAUGUCAAAAAAGAAGUCAGGGAGAAGAGCAUGUGUUUGGGUAAAGAUGAUGUCAUCCAGGUGAAGGACGCGUUCAAGUGGGCCGUUCAGGGAAAGAUCGGACAGGAACUGGGAGCUGCUGUCGUGGCCAAUAGUCCGUGUGAAGUGAGCAUCAGCUUUAUACAUCCGGAAACAGAGGAGGACUGUCAUUUCUUAGCACAUACCUGUCCAGACUGUUUCAAACCCACCAAAAACAAAGCGUCCGUCUUCACCAGGAUGGCGGUGGUUAAAGCUCUGGAGAAGAUCUCCGAGGAGAAGUUUAGCAGGCAUUACCCAUGUCCACCAAAGAAAGCAAACACGAGAUGUACAGCACUGGACACCACAUGUCUCCACACAUCCGUUUUCAUAGCAGGUCGGUAUAAUAAGUUUUCGCGGGAGCUUCCGCAGACGCCGUGGGUGAUCGAUGGAGAGAGACGGAUGGAUGGAUCGGUGGAGGAGCUGAUCGCUGCUCCUCUCCUGUCCUCGUUCAGAGCUGACGGUUUUAACUUCUCAUCUUCAGGACGGGAGGACGUGGACGUGAGGACUCUGGGAAAUGGUCGACCGUUUGCUGUUGAGCUGCUGAACCCCCAUCGAGCCAAAUUCAACAGAGCUGAAAUCAAACAACUACAGGAGACAAUAAACCAGUCGUCUGAUAAAAUUAGAGUACGAGACCUACAGAUCGUUACCAGAGACGCAACCAGCCGCAUGAAAGAGGGUGAAGAGGAGAAGACCAAAACCUACAGCGCCCUCAUCUGGACGCAGAAGGCCAUCGAGAGCCCUGAUCUGGAAUUCCUAGCAAAUAUCAAGGUCUUGCUGAGCUUUCUGACCUGUUUGAGCUGGACACAUGAGAAGAGACGUGCUGAUGACUGUGUGUGUGUGUGUGUGUGUGUCCAUCUAGAGCCCUGA